CACAAAUUUAGCUGUAACAGCUUCAACAACUCAAUCACAACCACCCAGAAUCGUUAGUUCUAUAGCGAAAACUAUGGCAACAAUCCACAUGGCACGCCCUACAAGUCCUUAUACCUCAAGCAGUUCCGAUACCGAUUCGAUUAUUGCGAGUGUACCCUCCGGAACGGCACUCCGGAGGCUCUACUUUAAAACUGCAAAAACAAGCAAAAUGAGUAACACUGCACAACAUAAAAACUCGUCCACCGUUCCCAAAGUAAUUGUAAUGAAUUCAUCAUGCAAUUCUACCAUCAAUACAUCAACUGAAUCGGCUUCAACUCAUUUGACCAAUAUCACCACAACCACAGAUACGGAAACAUGUGAUUCGUUGGAUUUAGGCGACGGUGACAUAAUUGAACAGCGUGAGCCUUUGUUAAGUGAAAGUCAAGACGAUUCGUUGACCCUUUCAGGCCAUCAAGAUUCAUCAUCAACAAUGGAAGACGAUAAGAAUACAAUCAUCAUUAAUGCAAACGAUGAUUUGGAAGAAUCCAUCACGCCACUUUUGGGUGAUGAUGGUGAGAAUAGUCGUAAAGAGCAAAUUCUCAACGCUCGAAAAUAUUCGAUCCUUUAUCCACACACAGCACCGCCUCUUGGACAAACAACUACAGAGUCUUCAUUCUCUUUUGAUCCGCCACCAUCGCCUAGAAGUGCACGUAGUGCUGAAAAAUCUACGACAUUAUUUUCAUUCGAUCCUGUUGCUAUGGUUCCAUCAAAUGAACUGAGUGCUGGUAAUAAAUCUUCCACAAGAACAAAUGUGGAGAAUAAAGAGAAUGUACGAGAAAGUGACAUGAACAAAGUGUCGAAAAAUACGAAUAAAACGGAAAUCAAACGAGAACGUCGCUUCAGCACUAAAUGUGAGCUUUUCACAAAUAUAUUCAGCAUUAAAGAUUCAUCAUCAACGGCCAACAAAGAGAAGAACAGCGACAUGUCUACAAAGACGUCAAAAAAGACUAACUCUGCCCCGGUUCACCGCAAAAACUCGAGCAUAAGUCAGAGUAAAUUUGAUACAGAUGAAUCAUCUUCAACCGGAGGCACAACAAGCGACUUGACAAUGUUUCCGUUCGAUCGCGAAGCAAUUGAUUAUGAACGAAUUCAACGAGAAUGUUUUGCGGUUGAAGAAGAGUUCAAUAAUGACGCGUUUAUAGCGAAAAGUUCUUUUCCUUACGAUUACGACACCGAAGAUAGUCCGUCUUACGAAGCACUCGAUCAACAAGAAGGCAUUUUCCAACAAUACGCAAUUCUCUCGCAACAGGAAAAAGAACGACAAAACAAAAAACGUGAACAGUCACCAGCGGAGAUGAAAACUCUGAGUAAGAUCGAUCAUAUCAAUCGUAAAUUAAACGAGACGUCGGCACUUAUACACGAACAACCAAGUUCGGGUGCUACAUCACCAAUUCCCGAUCUGAAAAUUGACUUUUUCUCUGAACCGUCAGUAUUAGUUAAAACAUUGUCGACUUUCCCGAGAGAAAAUGAAAAUAAGAAUUCUGAUGCAUUGGAUAGAUGCCAAAAAGAUUCAACGUCAUCAUUUAGCAGUAAGAGUAGUAAUACGAACACCACCAAAUCGACUAACAACGGGAGUAUAAAUUUAACAUCAAAUCCCAUGAGUACCGCAGUUUGUACAACACCUCGCGCGACUAUUGUCGUUCAACAAGCAUCAUUAAGCUUAGACUAUUCAGUUGAGACAGUAUUAUUGAAAAACGAAUGUGACUUUAUCAGUGUCGAGCAGGGAAAAGAGUCAUCGAGAAAGAAGAAGCAACGUGACGAAAACAUUAGACAAUUGCUUGAUGUGACAAAUAAAACCACAUUGACAACAGAGGAAAUGCGUGAUUUUGAGAUGAGAUAUGGAUCGCCACACCACACAAGAUCACAGUCAGUCAAAAUGCCAGGCUCGAGAGCGUCGGGACGACCAAAUCAACUCUGCUUGCCUCAACAACGAUCUAGAGUGGCAUCGAUGCCAAACACAGGCGUUGAGGAAGAAUAUUAUCGGCUGAGACAUUUUUCAAUAACUGGCAAAGGUAUCGUAAAUCGCGGUGAUUCUUUAAAAAGUCGACGUAGCAAAUCAAAUAAUAGCGUUGCCAGUUCAAACUCCAGUACGGAACAUUUAACGACAGCAGCAAAUGUAGGCGAUUCAGCUAGAACAAGUUUAGCUUCAAGUAGAGAAAGUAGUACAUCGGCGCAAGGGUCACAAAUUCCAUAUAGAGUUUUGAUGUUGGGUAGUGAAAAGGUUGGCAAAAGUUCCCUCGUGUCUCAAUUUAUGACCAGCGAGUAUCUCCACGCAUACGACACAUCCAUAGAUGAUGAUUCUGGUGAAAAAUCUGUAUCAGUCUUAUUGAGCGGAGAGGAAUCGGAAAUGACUUUCAUCGAUCAUGCAUAUAAUGAAAUGACGCCAGAGAAUUGCUUGUCAUCUUACGACCCGCAUGGCUUUCUUGUUAUUUAUUCAUCUGCAGACAAAACUUCAUUCUCGGUAGCUGAACGGAUACUGCAAGCUUUAUGGACGGGCGAGAAUAUUGCUCAGAAAGCUGUGAUACUUGUGGGAAACAAAGCUGACUUAGCUCGUAGUCGAUGUGUGUCAUCCGAAGAGGGAAAGGCAAUGGCAACAGCUUAUGAUUGUAAAUUCAUUGAAACAUCUGUAGGAAUAAAUCAUAAUGUGGAUGAAUUGUUGGUAGGACUAUUGACACAGAUCCGAUUGAAGUUGGAAAAUCCCGAAAAGUCAAGAGAUUUAUUCCGAAAACGUUCGUACAGAAAAUCAAAGAGACGAGCAUGUUCACCGUUAGGCACGACGUGUUUAUCAGGUAAUACGGGCACGAAUCCAAGUACACCAGUGGGACCAUGCAUUAUUGAUACCAGCACACCGCCAAACAGUAUCCAAAACAGUCCAAGAAAAUAUCGCGGUUCAAGAACAUCGGCAAGUCUGAAGGUGAAGGGUCUCCUGGGCCGAGUGUGGGCACGGGAUUCAAAAUCGAAAAGUUGUGAGAAUCUCCACGUGUUAUAAGUCAGUCGAUAAUUUAUUUCGCAACUGAGACUUUAAAUAACAUUCGAAACAAUCUUUCCGAUGAAUUUAUCGGUUGAUUUACGAAGAAAAAAAGAUUUUUUUAGACUUUUUCUUUAUUUUGAUGAGUUGUUUUUAUACCUUCGUGUAAGAGUUUUUUUUAAAUACAAUAUUGAAGUGAAAGAAAAUUUUUAUGUUUAGAAAAUAAUAAAAGAAGAGAAAAAAUGUUUUUAUGUAAUUGGCGGAAAUUGAAGAUCUGAUCUUGGUGUUCCUUUGUUCAUGAAGGAAGUGAAUGGUGAGAAAAAUGAUUUUCAUAUUUUCCUUCAGCAAAAAGAAGAAAGAAAUUUGUGAAAACAGGAAGUAAAGAAGAAAAAUGGCGUUGCUCAAGUUCAGAUGACGAUCCAAUGUUGAAAUUUAUUACAAAGUUGAGAAAUUAAUUUUAUUGUAGUCGAAUUAAGUAAAGUUAAUAGAAAUCGACUAAUGUACGUUCCUUUUACAUAAUAACAGAAGCAAUAAUGUUGUCAGAAUCCAUAAUUUAAUUUUCCCUCCUUCUUUUUCAAUUUUCCGCUUUCAUGAACUUUAAAGGAACAUAACAUUACUUAAAUUAAAGCAUCAAAUCAUGCAUGAACGAAGUUUUUCGUCAUCCCAUACAUAUUCCUGAGCUUUUCUCCAUCGAACAAGAUGUUUUCCUACUCUUGCAUGUUCAGUGAUAUAUUCCAACAAAGUUGAACGUUUAUAAACAAAAAUCGGAAGCAGGAAAAUAAAUUUUGAGAAAUGAAUCAUAAACUAGAAAAGAGAAAAAUUAUUCAAGCUUUUGAUUACGAUAAACAAGAAAUCUAGGCCACUUAAUAUGUUUUUAAGAAUACAACAACGAUGAUGAUGAUGCAAAAAUAUUAAUUUAUUUUCUUCCUAGCCGAUGAAAUGUAAAUCUUGAAAAGGAUCGAACAUUGAGUAACAUCAAAGCCUUAGACAAAAAGAAAUUCUCUCUUAAAUUUGUUAAUUCAUUUUUUUUCCAUCAGUUCAACAGUCAAACGCCUUUCCCAAAAUAGUUUCGAAAUGCGAUAAUAAAUGUAGAAGAAAUAGAAUAUCAUAUCAGCAGCUGAGUCAUCUCUAUAUUAAUGCCAUAAAUCUUAGAAACGCGAGUAGCAGCAGAAAAAAAAGAAACGAUGAAGGAAAGAAAUAUUUUUUAGAAAAAUCGUUAAACGUUGCGGCGAGAUCAGUUCAGUAGUUUUAUCGAUGAAUAUAAUCACAUAAACGACCAAGUUUAUCGUUAAUUUAAUAGCGAAUAAAGUUAUCGCCAGGUGCCUUCCCUUUAAUUUUCGAAUAAAAAUCCGCCAUAACAAAGCACAUUAAAUUUAAUUAAUUAAUCUCAAAAUCACUUUUACUUUCUUCCUACAAAAACUUAAAGAGUUUCUUUGAAACAUGUGUUAGUCUCGCUUCAUUUCUGUAUUUCAGACGAAUGCAUUUACAAACGUCAAACGUAAUUAUUGUCGAGAAGUCACGCGAUCAGGCUGCAAAAACAACAUUUUUACUUUAAAAUGUACUUUUAAAAUUCAUUUGCAUAAAAAAAUUGCUAAAAUCGUUUUAGCGCCACUGAAAACAUCGUCACGUUCAUUUAUAAUGUGCAAAUUUUUUAACAAAUCAUUCAUGACGAGAAAACAUAAUACUUAAUUGGCAAACGUUUUAGCGCCUACCCUUUCAAUUUACGUGCCAAAAUUGAACAUGAAACGGCUUUUUUGCAUCUUGUUUCAUCUAAAUGAACAAAUUUGUUUUCAUUCGCCAUCGUGGAGUAAAAAUUUUCUGUUAUUCUUUUCUUGUUUUCCAUCAUUUUAUGAUGCUUAAAAGAAAACAAAACAAAGUAACAAGCUUUAAGACGUCCGACAUAGCAUUUCAAAUAUGUGCACACAACACGUGUUCGGAACGAUUCGGGUAAAAAGUCGACAUUAAACCAUGUAGCACAAGACAGAAGUUAUCAAAACACUUAAUGUGUGUAUCAUAUCGAUUGUCGAAAGAAAAUUACCCAUUAUGUUUGUUUUUGCAUUUAUUUAUCUUGUUUCAACAAUGCUCUUAUUUGGUUCUAGAUGAAACUCGCUAAGAAACUUUGUAGAUGUGCUGCUUGAUGUAGGGAAAUGAACUGAUUUAAGUUCAAGAACAUUUCAAGUUUCCUCUCAAGACAAAGCACGAGAUGAAAGAGUUUAACUUAAAUACUUAUCAUGAACAUAAAUAAAUAUAAGUUAGAAUCAUGGGAGCAAAAGAAAAAUUAAUUGUAAAAGUAAAAAAAAAUAUUUGAAGCUCUUUAUCUAUGUUUCAUUCUACAUAUCUGUCAAUUUUUCUCACUAAGAAGAGAAUUUAAACCAAAGGAGGAAGGAGAAUGGAAAGUUGUGUUUAAAUGUUUCAAAAUAUCUUCUUGUUUAGCUUUAAGCUUUUUUCGAAUAUCAUUUAAAUGUGAAUUGAAAUGGAAGAAAAGAAGAAUGAAGGUAAAUCUCUUAAUGUCUGUAAUCUGAAUUCUUAUUGAUAUGAUGUACAUAAUGCAAUCAUAAAUGCAAUCAAAAUUUUAUGAAUUUUAUGAAAUCAAACAAUUUAAAACUGUGUAAAAAAACAAGAAAGAAAAUUAUUCUGAAUAAAUAAAUAAAUAAACAUUGUGAAAGCAAAGAAAUGCGGAAAAGUUUAAAAUGGAAU